GAUGGCGGCCGAGAACGAGGUUUCUCAAUUAUUUGGUGAACUUGAGCAGUGCGAAAUAACUGGAAAUUAUUUUAAAGGACUAAAAGUUGCAAACAAAAUUCUUGAGAAGGUGGCCAACGAUAAAGAUGCAUUUCAGUGCAAAAUUGUGUGCUUUAUACAACAAGGAAAGCUACACGAUGCGUUACAGAUGUUAAGGUCUUGGCGUGUUAAAAAAGGGAUUUCCCUCCCUUUUGAAGAAGCUUUUUGCCUUUAUCGUUUAAAUAAAACAACUGAGGCUUUGGAAAUUCUAACAAAAGUUGAAGACCCUUCUCCUAAAGAGAAGGAACUUCUUGCUCAAGUGUAUUAUAGACUGGAGAACUUUGAAAAAUGUUAUGAACUAUACGUAGAUCUUAUAAAAAACUCACAGGAUGACUUUGGGGAUGAAAGAGAGACAAAUCUAGCUGCAGUAAUUGCUGCUUCACAUUCCUCUGGAGUGUCAAAUCUUACUUGUGAAGGCCUACGGGAGGACAAAUAUGAGCUUUGCUAUAACAAUGCUUGUCUAUCUGUUGCCAAGAAUGAUAUGAAAGCAGCAUAUGAAAAACUCAUGGCAGCAGAAGAACUUUGUCGAAAAUCAAUGGAAGAUGAAGGGGAGUUAACAGAAAAUGAAAUGGAAUCAGAGCUUGGUGUACUAAGAGUACAACAAGGUUUUGUGUACCAAAUGCUUGGUAGUGACAAUGAAGCCAUGAAACUGUAUAAUUCUGUUCUCAAAUCAAGACCAAAUGAUGUUGCAAUCAGUGCAGUGGCUUCCAAUAAUAUCAUUAGUUUAAACAAGGAUAAAGAUAUCUUUGACUCCAAGAAGAAAAUUAAAGUUGCAGCAGCUGUUGGCGUAGAAGGAAAGUUAAAUGAUUGUCAAAAACAACACAUUUCAUUCAAUAAAUGCUUGGUGCUGUUGUACAGUAAUCAGAACGAUGCAUGUCGCAAAGCUCUUAAUGAAUUGAAGACAAAAUAUCCUCAAAGUGAUUUUCCAGUACUUCUUGAAGCAGCUUUGUUCUUACGUGAAAAACACCAUGGGGAUGCUGUGAGCAUUUUAGAGAAAUACACAGAUACUCAUCAUGAUUGCUCAAUACAAGUUUCACUGGCUAUUGUACAACUUCAUCUUAUGCUUGGCAAUAUACUUGAUGCUUGCAAGCGCCUGCGAUCUGUUGACCACAUUAAAUAUCGCCCGGCGGUUGUGGCGCUCUUGGUGAACUUGUAUACGCAAGUUGGUGAUGCAGACUCCGCUGUACAAGUACUGGAUGAAACUGUGGCUCAUGUCAAAGAAAAUGAGUCUUUAAUGAAUCGCGGAGAAUUGAUAAAAUUAUUGCGAGAAAAUGUUACCUUUAAGUUGAAGAGAGGAAAGACUCGUGAAGCCGUCGAUGUGUUAGAAUAUUUACACAAUUUGGAUCCUGAUGACUUGAAAACCAUCGCACAUCUUGUUGCAGCUUACUCGCAGAUAGAUGCUAAGAAAUCCGAACAAUACAGUAGGAAGCUACCGCCUUUACAAGGUGAUGAAGUUGAUGUUAGUGCACUUGAAGUUUCAUUAGGUUCACGUUACGUCCGUAAAACUGCUAAACUUAGCUCUGAAGGAGCUAAAGACAAAAUGAAAACGGAGGAAAAGCAAGAUGUCGUCGUCAAAAGACGAAGGAAAAAGAAACCAGGUAAACGUCCGAAGAACUUCAAUCCAGACGUUGAUCCUGAUCCCGAACGUUGGUUACCUCGCCGUGAACGAUCCUAUUUUAAAGGCAAGAGACAAAAGAAAACAGCCGCUAUAGGAAAAGGAACGCAAGGAGCUACAUCAACACAGGAUUCGCCUUCUGCUCGGACUGCGUCUAGUCCCAAGUCUACGUCAUCCCCAGGGACCCCAAAUGUAUCCUCUGCCUCAUCAACAGUUGUGCCUCCACGCCAACAACAGCCUCAAGCCAGCAAGAAAAAACAGCGGACUAAAAAGAAAAAAAGUGGCUGGUAAUGUUAAUUUUAAUGAGGGUAAAUAGUCCGUUUCAUGAAUUGAAAUAAAAAUGUUUCUUCUUUGUGUAUCAACACAGAA